CUCCUGAAGCCAUGUGUUAUGUGUGCUACACUAGUGUAAACGUGUUUCAUAUUGGAGUCUUUUGGUCGAAGAACCGGCUACGAUAAGUUAAAAUGAAGCUGAACAAGUUAGUCAGUUCAUCCAGGAGGAAAAGCAGGAAGGCGCACUUCACUGCCCCUUCACACAUCAGAAGGCGGCUCAUGUCAGCUCCUCUCUCAAAGGAACUGAGAACAAAAUACAAUGUUCGCAGUAUGCCAAUCCGUAAAGAUGAUGAAGUCCAGGUCGUUCGUGGUCAUUACAAAGGACAACAAGUUGGAAAAGUUAUCCAGGUAUAUCGCAAAAAAUUUGUGAUCUACAUUGAACGCAUCCAGAGAGAAAAGAGCAAUGGCUCCUCCGUUCAAGUUGGCAUUGACCCAUCAAAGGUUGUCAUUGUCAAAUUGAAAAUGGACCGAAACAGAAAGGACAUCAUUGACAGGAGAAGCAAGGGUCGUCUGGCUGCCUUGGGCAAAGACAAAGGCAAAUACAAGGAAGAUGCCGCUACUCCUAUGGAGUCGUAAACAUCAUUUUUCUUAUGAUAUUAAAUAAAAUCUUCAAUAUAUAUAAGAAA